AUGGACGAGGAUAUAUCAAAUCUUAACGAGUACACUGAGCACACUGAGACGAUUCUAUCCCACCAGCCGAAGCGACUGAAGACGUUCCACCACAGCUUGCCAACUUCGCGGCAUGACCAAUACACAGUUGGUUGGAUCUGUGCACUGCACAUAGAAAUGGCAGCCGCUCGGGCCAUGUUAGAUGAGAUUCGCGAACCUCUGCCAAAGCAUGCAGAUGAUAGCAAUACCUAUGUCCUCGGAACUAUCAAUCAGCAAAAUGUCGUGAUUGCCUGUUUACCGGAAGGGCAGUACGGAACAAACAAUGCCGCGAUAGUAGCGACCAACAUGUUGAGAACAUUUCCAAGGAUUCGCACCUGCCUGAUGGUGGGUAUCGGUGGCGGUGUACCAAGCAGAGCUGAUCUACGCCUGGGUGAUGUUGUUGUUGGAACAAGAGUGAUGCAAUGUGAUCUCGGCAAAGUCAUUGAAGACGGACGCCUGCUUCGAACAGCCGUACCUAGGAUUCCUCACCCGUCACUCGGGACGCUUGUGUCUGCCCUACGUUCGAAGCACGAAAUGAGUCCCAGUCGAGUCCCAACAAUCCUGCAACAGAAGCUAGCUGGUCAAACCGCGUAUAGUCGCCCAAACAUACCGGACCGCCUUUUCCACGCGACGUAUAACCAUGAGUCGGCAACUGGAUGCGACAAAUGCGAUCAGUCAAAGCUCGAGAAACGGGGCAGCCGAACGGGGGACGCGAUAAGGAUUCAUUACGGUGCAGUAGCUUCGGGCAACCAGGUUAUGAGAAGCGGCACGACUCGGGAUGACGUGGCUCGACAACUAGACGUUAUAUGCUUUGAAAUGGAGACUGCUGGCCUUGUUGAUAUUCUUCCUUGUCUCCCGAUCCGAGGAAUCUGUGACUACUCAGACUCCCACAAAGGCAAAGAAUGGCAGAGAUAUGCUGCAGCAACUGCAGCCGCAUACGCCCGGGAACUUCUUGAGGAGCUACCUGUGACUGACGUACAUGCAAGCAAUAAGUGCAUCCAUAACCCGAAUUGUCACCUGUCAGAUAACCGCCGGCAACAUUUGUUGGAUUCUCUCAGAUUUGAGCAGAUCGAAUUUCGCAAAAUGAACAUCAAAAAACCCCUGACGAAGACAUGUCAGUGGCUUCUUAGCCAUCCCAGCUAUAAAGGCUGGCUCGAACCCGCCAGGUUGACGCACCAUCAUGGUUUUCUGUGGAUCAGUGGUAAGCCUGGUGCCGGCAAGUCAACAGUGAUGAAGUUCGCAUACGAGCGCAUGCGGAGGAAGGCCCAAUCCAAUAAUACCGCCACGGCUUCCUUUUUCUUUAAUGCGAGAGGAGAGCAAUUGGAAAAGUCGAUCGCCGGCAUGUAUCGUUCAUUGCUGCUUCAGCUUCUUAAGGGAUAUACAGAUCUCCAGAGAGUCUUAGAUGACCCAGAGCUCGUUUCCCAUAGCCUGAAGGGCUGCCCUCCCUUAAACAGUCUUAAAGAUAUCUUUUACAGCGCCGUUUCCAAACUCGGUCAACGUGAAUUUACUUGCUUUGUCGAUGCUCUUGACGAAUGUGACGAACAACAAGUCGUUGAUAUGGUCCAGUUUUUCGAAGACCUGACGGAGCAAUAUUCAGCUAGGGGUGUCCCGUUCCGGAUAUGUUUUUCUAGUCGACAUUAUCCCUAUAUCGUCAUUCGACGGGGAAUCCGGCUAACACUGGAGGACCAGCCUGGUCACACAAAAGACUUGGAGACAUACGCUGCCAAUCGUCUUCGAAUUGACGACCCAUUACUUGCCGAAGAGUUGCGGACUAAGCUUCUUGAUAAAGCUUCCGGCGUUUUUAUGUGGGUCGUUUUAGUAGUCGAUAUACUUAACAAAGAGUCUCGACGCGGUGGGAUGUUUCUAAAAAGGAGACUCGCUGAGAUACCAAGUGGUCUCAGCGAGUUGUUCAAGGACAUUUUGAGACGUGACAGAGAAGAUAUGGAAGCCCUCCUGUUUUGCAUUCUCUGGAUUCUCUACGCCAAACGCCCAUUACGGCCAAAAGAGUUUUACCAUGCACUUUGGUGUGGCCUGUCACUGGACAGCAUUGUUGAUGGCAGACUUCCAGACGUCACCGUUCCCGAUUUCAAUGCCGACUUAAAUCGGUUCGAUAGAUACGUCAUUCACUCCUCCAAGGGACUGGCGGAGGUCACAAAAUCUGAAACCGUGCAAUUCAUCCAUGAGUCUGUCCGAGACUUCCUUAUAAAGGACAAGGGCCUGCAUGAAUUAUGGCCGGAGAUCGGGUUUGACCGUGAGAGCCCCGGCCAAGAGAAACUCAAGCAAUGUUGCUGCCUCUACAUGAACCAGUUCUUGAGUGGCACAUCGCUUAGCGAGCUGUCAGUACCAAGCCCGGACCUAAAGAAGGAAACCUUGGACAAAUUCCCCUUCCUGGAGUAUGCAAGUCAGUAUGUCUUCUACCAUGCCAACAUUGCAGCGAAAGAGCAUCCUCAGGACGGCUUUUUGUCUUCAUUCCCGCUUUCCGAUUGGAUUGGAAUUCGCAAUACUUUCGAAAAAUACCCGAUCCGCAGAUAUUCCCAGAACUCAAGCCUGAUCUAUAUUCUCGCGGAUAGUGGACACUCAGAGCUCGUCCGAGUAAGGCUGAGAGAAGAAGUACAAAGCUAUUCUCCCCAGGAGAGAUACAAGUACCCGUUAUUUGCUGCUCUGGCGAGCGGUCAUAAAGAUACUGUUGCGGCUCUCUUGGGCCUACCUUCGUUCCUAUACCGGGGGGUAGAUAUCACUGAUGGUCUGGCGAUUCGGAAAGAAUUCAAAGAAUGCAAGGGGCGAACACCUCUGUCUUGGGCUGCUCAAGAGGGGCGCGACGUUAUCGUUCAGCGGCUCCUUCAAAACGGCGUUUCCAUUGAUGAGAAAGACCCGGACAGCACUCCAAUGGGCCUCAUCUGGAGGGCACGAGGCAGUGACAAGUCUCCUUAUCGAAAAAGGUAUUGA